CCGCCGGCCCGCGUGGCGCCCCGUCGCCUGUCGCCGACUCCUUCCUUCCCUCCUUUCUGUCGCGAUGCCGAAGGCGAAGUCGGCGACGAGCGGCCGCCGGCGCGAGCGCCAAGAAGCGAGGAGCGGACUGAUGUUCAACACGGGGAUCGGUCAGCACAUCCUGAAGAACCCCUUGGUGGUGAACAGCAUCGUCGAGAAGGCGGCCCUCAGGCCUACGGACGUGGUCCUGGAAGUCGGCCCCGGCACCGGAAACAUGACCGUGAAGCUGUUGGAGAAGGCCAAAAAGGUCGUGGCCUGCGAACUGGACCCCAGGCUGGUGGCGGAGCUGCACAAGAGAGUCCAGGGCACGCCGGUGGCCGGCAAGCUCCAGGUCCUGGUGGGCGACGUACUGAAGACGGAGCUGCCCUUCUUCGACGCGUGCGUGGCCAACUUGCCGUUUCAGAUCUCCUCCCCGUUUGUCUUCAAGCUGCUGCUGCAUCGACCUUUCUUCAGGUGUGCGGUGCUCAUGUUCCAGAGGGAGUUUGCCCUGCGCCUGGUGGCCAAGCCGGGAGAGAAGCUGUACUGCCGGCUGUCCGUCAACACGCAGCUGCUGGCCCGCGUCGACCACCUGAUGAAGGUCGGGAAGAACAAUUUCAAGCCUCCCCCCAAAGUGGAAUCCAGCGUCGUCCGGAUCGAGCCCAAGAACCCGCCGCCUCCGAUCAACUUCCGGGAGUGGGAUGGCCUGGUAAGGAUAACCUUCGUCAGGAAAAACAAAACGCUGUCCGCGGCGUUCAAGUCGAGCGCCGUGCAGCAGCUGCUGGAGAAGAACUACCGCGUUCACUGUUCGGUGAACGACAUCGCCAUCCCGGAUGACUUCCGCAUCGCCGAGAAGAUUCAGAAAAUCCUCACCGACAUCGACUUCGGCGACAAGCGGGCUCGCACGAUGGAUACCGACGACUUCAUCAGGUUGCUGCACGGCUUCAACGCGGAAGGGAUCCAUUUCUCUUAGCCUUGCGGAACCCGCCCGGCCGGGGGGCCGUCGAGGACGCCGAGGGUCCGGCGCCCGGCCGAAGGCCUCCGCCCCGCGGCUCUGUCGACCGUGACCCGCUAAAUGGUCGGGGCUGCCGCUUUUCCGGCCCCCCCCAGCCCCUCCCACGACCACCUUGUCAAGUAAAAGGAGAUUCUCAUCUGGAGUUACAUUUCAUUAUUGUAAUUUAUUAAACACAUUGCCAGAUCUA